AGCUGUCCAUAUCGAUAGUUAUCGUUUCCUUUUUGUUAUUAUUACUUCUCUACAUAAACAAUUUGCUGGAAUAUAUAAAUUAAAUAAAUAUAAGCUUAAUUAUAGAAAACCCCCGCACAGAAGAUAAACCCAUUCCAAUGAGCAUUAACUGGAUAAAAAUCACCGAUAGAGCCCGGGAGGGCAUCAAGAUCAUCAAUGCCCUGCCCUACGACACCUUUAACACAGUGCUGCUUUACACUCACCGUCAAAUGAGUCCUAGUGCAACGGGUGCACCUGCGGCGAAUGCCACCAGUACCGUGGGCACCAGUGUGACGACCACAGAGCGGGCGGACAGCAGCACCGACGAUAAUCCCACCAGCAGCAGCGAGCCGGAGUACACUUUGGAGGAACUGGAACGAUUGGUGGGCGUGCCAAGGGCCGACUUCCUUCUGCUGAUCAAAACCUUUUCCUACAUCCUGCGCCGCAUCUCCACGUUCAUCAUCAAGCCCAGCCUGCUGCAGCGGGAACUGCGCGAGAAGCUUCAGCUGGAGGACGAGGCCAAGAUCGAUGCCAUUCUGCGGCUGUGGGUGCGGGAGACCAAUCCGAUCAUGAACAACCUGGCCAGCAAGCGCUACGAGUCCAAUGUCAUCGAGGAUGCCGCCUGGAAACUAAACAUGGAGAUCUCCUCUCACUGCCAGCAGCGGGAGAAGACACCGCUGACUGUCCUCCAAAUGAAAACCGGAGCUGGCGAAGACAUUAACAUCGAGAUGAACCAUGCAGAGCUCCUGGAACUCUAUAAUCAAUUUGAGAAUAUACAAGGGGAACUGGACGCCAUGCUGGCCAUGAAGGCUCCCGAAGCAGCGGCUCCUGCUGCCAAUAAUCCGUAGUGUUGGACACUUGACCAAUCCUGGUGCCAAUUUAGUUGUUAAUAGAUCUUUGUUGUAGUAUUCUUGUGAAGAAAAAUCUAUGGACCUAAAAGUUUGCAAUAUUAAAAGCCAAUUUUUUAACCGGUA